AUGGCGCCCUCCGCAACUGGUGACUCGGCGCCAAUGCACAUACCCGCCAUGUCAAAGGCUUCAACGAUCAAUGCGUCAGUCCUGCAUGGCCCGCGUGAUUUACGAUUGGAGCAAAGACAUAUUCAAGAACCGGGGAUUGGUGAACUACAGGUUGCCAUCAAGACCACAGGAAUCUGUGGAUCUGAUGUGUCCUACUACAAGAAGUUCGCCAACGGUGACCUUUGUGCCUGUCAGCCCCUUUCUCUGGGCCAUGAGUCCUCGGGAACCGUCGUUGCCAUCGGGCCUCACGUCACCGGCUUUAAUGUUGGUGACCGCGUUGCACUCGAGGUCGGUAUACCCUGUGGCCAGUGUGGUAUCUGCCGCCAGGGGAGGUAUAACCUCUGCAAGAAGAUGCGGUUCAGAAGCAGUGCCAAAUCGUUCCCGCAUUUCCAGGGCACUUUGCAAGAUCGCAUAAACCACCCCGCAACGUGGUGUCACAAGCUCCCCGAGAAUGUCUCCUUUGAUGCUGCUGCUCUGCUCGAGCCCCUCUCAGUAGCCCUGCAUGCUGUCAACCGGGCCACUCCUACGCCUGGCUCCAGUGCACUUGUACUUGGUGCGGGAGCUGUUGGUCUUCUGACCGCCGCCAUGGCUCGCCAGUCCGGAUGCUCUACCGUCACCAUUGCAGAUGUGGACCAAGGCCGGGUCAACUUUGCCAUCGCCAAAGGCUUUGCCACACACGGCUAUGUGGUGCCAAAACAGCUCCACACCUCUUCCAGCUGCUCAUCACUGUACAACAGCAGCAACUCGGGCACGUCGACGCCUUGCGAAGGCGUCAUGACACCCGCCAGCACCAUCUCGUUUCAGAGUUCCCUUGACACGGCCAAGACACUCGCUGCCGAGAUGCUCGCCGAGGCAAACGGCUCUAGCCCUUUGAUCGAUGACGAGGGCGAUGGCGUCGAUAUCACGUUUGAAUGUACUGGCAAAGAGGUGUGCAUGCACACAGCCCUGUACGCCACCAAGGCCGGAGGAAAGGUCAUCAUGGUGGGCAUGGGGACGCCGAUCCAAACCCUUCCCAUGUCGGUAGCCCAUCUACGCGAGAUUGACAUCCUGGGUAUCUUUCGGUAUGCCAACACCUAUGCUACCGGAAUAAAGCUCCUCUGCGCCCGCAACAGACCAACCCGUGGCGGUUAUGCUCUGCCGAACUUGGACGAGAUGGUCACCCACCGCUUCAAGGGCCUCGACAAUGCCAAGGGGGCGUUUGAGCUCGCGAGCAGGACCGUGGAUGACGACGGCAAUCUCGUACUCAAGGUCGUCAUUGAAGCCGAGUAGACUGUGCAGACUCAUGAUGGUCAGCCCCCGGCCUCGGUUUCGACCUCUCUUCUUUGAUCUCAGCUUCUUGUAUAUGAAGACAUCUCUUUUUCGGUAUUGCCAAAGCAACAAUAUAGACGGAUGGGUGGACAGGAAAUGGGUUUGAUGAUUAUCACGAUGAUACCUUGUCAUCCCUAAAUCAGGGAUUGGCAGUGUUUUCUUUUGAUUUUUUUUUGAUGUUUUUUUCCUUGAUUACUUUUUUGCCACUUUCUCUCUUAUUAGAGUGUGCGAUCAUUUCUUAACUACUAUUACUGUCAUCACUUUGUUUUUUUCUCUCUCUCUUUUAGGUUCCAGCGGUUUGAAGCAACAAAGACUGGGAUGGGAUAGACAGAUGGGGGACAUGACCUUUUUGCCUUUUUCUAAUCGCUACUUAUUAUUAUUAUUAUUAUCUUUCUGUCUCUUUCACGAUGAUGCUGUGUUCAUCUCCUUGGUGUGAUCAAUCUUUUGUCUUUGGCUUUGUUCCUUUCAAUGAACACCAAGGGUUCACCAAAUCAGGUGUUGCUGUGCUAUCGAUAAUGCCACUGGGCAUUGCAGAGGGUUCCAAGCGCAGCAGGUAAGCAAAUAGGGAGCAAAUGAAGAGUUGUGAUUCACAUCAGGGGAGCGAUAACAAUAUGGUGAUGGAGAGCGGAGGGGUUCGGAAGCUGGUUGGGGCUUGAAUGUGGGUAGGCAGACCAAUUCUAGUGUGUUGUUUCUCCUUGGUCGCUGUCUAUUUUUUCACUCACACAUGCUAUAUCUGUUUUGGGAGUUUUUGUGAGGUCACCAGUCAGACUAGUAAUCAAGUAGUCUCUAAUUUUGCAUGACUUUUACC